GCGUCCUUAUAAUGAGACGGUGCAUUACGUAUCUGUUUCUUACUCUUUUCUCGCGUUCACACUGUACACAGAGAGAAGCAUAUCUCCUCCCUCCCUCAGUCUUCGUUUCUUUUUCUCGGGAACAGAGAAAGAUAAAAACAAUGGUUGUUGGUGUUGAUUAUGGUAAUGAUACCGGGGAGAUGAGCAGCAUCAACGCUUCCGCUGUUUUCUCUUACUCUCGAUUCAUCGAUCCUUUUCCUAAAAGAUUGCUCUCCAACCAUUCCAGCACCCACAUCUGGUCCAGCACCCUGGUACAUCUUGGCAUUUGGCAAUGAUGGGAUUGCAGAUGCUCUCCAGCUCCUUCAUCUUUGUCUUCAAAUUCAUCAGCCUCCGCAAUCUGGUUGCUGUCCAGCUAUUGUUUGGCCUAUUCAAUGGCAUCUUCAAUCUUCAAUCUUUUUCUUGCCUUUUCAAUUCCAGCUAUUGUUGUCCCUGGUCCUAGCUCUCUUUCCUUUGGUUCUAGUUCUCCAAGAUUGUAAAAUGAGUUUACGACGUCACUUAGUUUGACAUAUAAUUCAACAAAAAAAACCUCAAUUCUCAUCCGUUCUUAGAUUUUCAAAGACAGUCGAGAGCUGUUGCAAUUUUGCACGUUUAACA